ACUGCUAGUACAUCCGAGAAUUCUUAAUUGGCUAGUUGUAAAUAGCCCCAGGACUAUGGAACAAAAGAUUCUCCCGGACCUACACCGAGGUAUUGACGGAGAUUUUCAAAUAGCGCCGAACAGAAUGAGAAUGUGAUACGACGAGAUAGAAAAAAAGACAGGGAAGGGGUCACACACUUACUCUUAACGGUCAAAGCGAGCCCCUUCGUUCUGAAUUAAAGAAUGAAGAAUGAAUCCAAUCUCCCCAAGUAGGAUUCGAACCUACGACCAAUCGGUUAACAGCCGACCGCUCUACCACUGAGCUACUGAGGAACAACGGGAGACUCGAUCUCAUACAGUUCAAUUCCCGUUCUCAACCCAUGACCAAUACGAGCUCGAAACUUCUUUCGUAACUCCCGUAACUUCUUCGUAGUGGCUCCCUUCCAUGCCUCAUUUCAUAGGGAACCUCAAAGUGGCUCUAUUUCAUUAUAUUCCAUCUAUAUCCCAAUUCCAUUCAUUUAAUAUCUCUUUGGUGUCAUCGACAUAAGAGAUGUCGUUUCUAGUCUAUCUCUUUCUAUUUCUAUAUUUAUAUAUGGAAAGUUAAAGUUAAAAAAUCAUCAUAUAAUAAUCCAGAAAUUGCAAUACAAACGAAAAAGGGAGGUUUGUGAUGAUUUUUCAAUCUUUUCUACUAGGUAAUCUAGUAUCCUUAGGCAUGAAGAUAAUCAAUUCGGUCGUUGUGGUCGGACUCUAUUAUGGAUUUCUGACCACAUUCUCCAUAGGGCCCUCUUAUCUCUUCCUUCUCCGAUCUCAGGUUAUGGAAGAAGGAGAAGAAGGAACCGAGAAGAAGGUAUCAGCAACAACUGGUUUUAUUAUGGGACAGCUCAUGAUGUUCAUAUCGAUCUAUUAUACGCCUCUGCAUCUAGCAUUGGGUAGACCUCAUACAAUAACUGUCCUAGCUCUACCCUAUCUUUUGUUUCAUUUCUUCUGGAACAAUCACAAACACUUUUUUGAUUAUGGAUCUACUAGCAGAAAUUCAAUGCGUAAUCUCAGCAUUCAAUGUGUAUUCCUGAAUAAUCUCAUUUUUCAAUUAUUCAACUAUUUCAUUUUACCAAGUUCAACGUUAGCCAGAUUAGUCAACAUUUAUAUGUUUCGAUGCAACAACAAGAUGUUAUUUGUAACAAGUAGUUUUGUUGGUUGGUUAAUUGGUCACAUUUUAUUCAUGAAAUGGGUUGGAUUGGUAUUAGUCUGGAUACAGCAAAAUCAUUCUAUUCGAUCUAAUAAGUACCUUGUGUCAGAAUUGAGAAAUUCUAUGGCUCGAAUCUUUAGUAUUCUCUUCUUUAUUACCUGUGUCUACUAUUUAGGCAGAAUGCCGUCACCUAUUUUUACUAAAAAACUGAAAGAAACCCCAGAAACGAAAGAAAGUGAGGAAGAAACAGAACAGGAAGAAGAGGGAUUCACCGAAGAAGAUCCUUCUCCUUCCCUUUUUUCGGAAGAAAAGGAGGAUCCGGACAAAAUCCAAAUCGAUGAAAUGGAAAAGAUCCGAGUGAAUGGAAAGGACAAAACAAAGGAUGAAUUCCACUUGCACUUAAAAGAAGCAUGCUAUAAAAAUAGCCCAACUUCGUUAGAAAUACUUAAAGAAGAAAAGAAAAACUUCUUCGGGUUUGAAAAAUCCCUUCUUUUUCUUCUUUUCGACUAUAAACGUUGGAAUCGUCCAACGCGAUAUAUAAAAAACAAUCGAUUUGAAAAUGCGGUAAGAAAUGAAAUGUCACAAUAUUUUUUUUAUACAUGUCAAAAUGAUGGAAAACAAAGAAUUUCUUUUACAUAUCCACCCAGUUUAUCAAUUUUCUGGGAAAUGAUACAAAGAAAGAUUUCUUUGGAUACAACAGAAAAAUUCUUAUAUGAUGAUGAACUAUCCAAUAAUUGGAUUUCUACAAAUGAACAAAAAAGAAACAGUUUAAGCAAUGAAUUAAAUAAUAGAAUUACGGUUCUAGACAAAGACAUUUUUUAUAUAGAUGUACUCGAUAAAAAAACAAGAUUAUGCUUAGAAAACAAAAUAGUAAAUUAAUAAAAAAAUGGAUACAUAGAAUAAAUACCAAAAAAGAUACGAGGAGAUUCGACCCCCUC